AUGAAUCUUCAACUGCAAAGCAAAAUUGAAGCAAACCCCAAAAUUUCUCUCACCAAUCCACCCCUCAGGGCGCAUAAAGUUCGGUACUUUAUGCUAUUUCCACCAGGCAAAAGAGAAAAAGUUGCACAAAACCCAGUUGGUAUAUCUCAGGAAAGGAGCUCCACUAUGCUUGAACUGGAGUGGUCCAACCAAAAAGUUGUUUCUGCCUCACUGACCUCUGAACACCCAAAAGAAGUAUCAAGAGUGGAACAAUAUCACACAGUUAAGAGAGUAAGUUUCAAGAUAGGAGGUAGUGUUUGGAGGGUAUUUGAGCAAGAGAAGGUGUCCCCCACCAAAGGUGGAGACACGACUAACACUUCAAACAAGUGCCACUUCAAGGCAACAAAGCAUUAUCAGCUUUCUGGGUAUUCUUCAUGCACAACCGCCCUACGACCUACCUCCUAG